ACUCCACCCAUUUUGAAAUUGGGCCUCGUUUCCUGCUCCGUCGGGCCUGCGCUCAGCCUCGUCUUCCUCGCAUUCCGUCACCUCCGCCUGCCCUGCAUCGAAACAUCGAUCCCACUCCUCGCAUCCUGCUCUUGCCUUCGUCACCUUGUGCUCUCGAAUCUCGUACCCCGUUUUUUGGUUCGAAAUUGCAGUUGAAGAUCGCGUGUAUAUUGGUAUCUGCUUGUGGGAGUGGGAGUGGAAGUGUGCUCACACCCUUGAGCCAGAAGUGAGAGAAACUCGGUACAAUGCCCCAGAUCCAGUACUCGGAGAAGUACUUCGACGAUACCUACGAGUAUCGGCAUGUCGUGCUUCCCCCCGACAUUGCCAAAUUGCUGCCCAAAAACCGACUCCUGUCUGAGGCCGAAUGGCGUGGUAUCGGAGUGCAGCAGUCACGUGGGUGGGUUCACUACGCAAUUCACCGCCCUGAGCCACACAUUAUGCUCUUCCGUAGACCCCUGAAUUACGGUCAACCUCAGCAAGCUGCCGCUGUGCAGCAACAACCCACAGGCAUGAAAGCUUAAUCAUCCUAUCAAUUGAUUCCAGGAAUUGAACAUCAUGUGCUCAUGAUGUUGUAUGGCCAGUGCUCUCAGUUUUUUGGUCACUAUGUGAUGUUGGAUAGUUGGUCCUUAAGUAGUGACAGCUCUUCGUACUGUACAAGAUUUGUCGGGAAGUAGCCAUGUUAAUUAGUGAAUGAGCAUCACUGAGGAGUCUCUCGUGAGCUGAUUGGUAUUCUCUGAAGGUGGAAGCGAGCGGGUGAUAGAAAACUCUUAUGACUUGCUUUCCUACAAAUAUUGUGAUACAAUUCUUUUGAUGCGCUCCUCGUCAAUCUUAAGCACGUAGGAGACUUCACCAUCUGCUACUGCAACGGAAGCAUUGUCCAUAAAUGCACCAUGAAGUUUCAUUGGUUAGGCAAACUCCUAUCGAUCCUUCGGCUUG